AUGUCAUCCCCUCAGGUCGCCAUCAUCGGAGCAGGCCUCUCAGGCCUCGCCCUAGCUCUCGCCCUCCACCAACAAGGCAUCCAAUCCACCGCCUACGAACAACAAAGCGCCCCCCUCGACAUCGGCGGCGCAAUCAUGCUAUCCCCCAACUCCCUCCGGGCCCUAGACAAGCUCGGCGUUUUUGAGCGCAUGCUCCCCAAGUCUUACAAAUUCCAAGACUUGUACUUUUACUCCCAAGACGAUAAGCUCGUUGACGUUUUUGAGUUUGGAAAUCAAGACCAAUACGGAUACUCUGGUAUUCGUGUUUAUCGAUUUGAGCUCAUUAAUGUCCUUCUUGAUCUUGUUAAAGAAGCGGGUAUUAAGGUUGAGUAUGGGAGAAAGUUUGAGAGUAUUGUUAGUGAGACGGAAGAUAGCGUCACGUGGCGCUUUACAGACAGGAGUGAAGAGACAGCUGUUAAAAGAUAG